GCUCUUCUCCCUCUCCGUACUACAUUUCCCAUGGUGCCUCUCGUCUGAAUGAAGAUUGGCCGAGCGCGCAAAAGAGUUUGAAAAGUAAAAUGGCGGAAAAGCAGCAGGCUGAUCUUCGAGAAGGUUGUGAAGAUCUGUCCAUUAAUGAUAUUCAGAGUAAGGUCAACCCAGUGGGCCAGAAGAAGAGAUGCUCCUCCACAAGCCCCGAUUCAGCUCCCCCACAAAAAUCUCCACGUACCGAUUCCUUAUCGUCUUCAACACAGAGGACGAAUACAGAAAAACAGUCAGAGACAGACAUGCAAAAAAUGCUGAUGGAAGACACAGGAAAACUCAUGAGCCCAACUGCUGAGACAAAAUCCUGGAGAAGAACCACCAUUACUAGGCGGUCCCUCUCAGCCCCUCCAAACCCUUAUCAGGCUUUGUGCAGCGGCAUAAGUACAUCGUUGUCAAAUCAAGAGAGGCUCGAGAAGCUAUUGGAGGCUUCAGUGAAGCUGGCACUAGAAAGAACUCAAAACAUGCUCCUGUCAGUUCCACAAGCUUCCAUUGAGACUUUUAAAAAACAAGUGGAGUACAUCCAGGCCCAGGGCAGUUCCCUGGCAACAAGCAUACCCAAUGAUUCACAUAAACUCCAGUCAAUUCAACCCAGUGAACCUACAAUGCAAAAAGCCAUGAAAAAUGUCCAGAAAGCAAUUGAAAGGCUCAGUAGCGAAAGUGAGUCCUGGGAUGUACUGUUGACCAAACACCAAAGAAAAGCAGAGGAAUUGGAACAGAAGCUCCAGAGGGGGCAGGAGACAGGCAUACAACUAAACUCUACAUCCAUGUCCCAGUCCUCCCAGUACCCUCUCAUACAGAGUAAACCUGACUACCACAGUAUCCUCUCUAGGCAACGACCGAUGAUACACACUAUGGCAACAAUUAUUGACACUCAGUGUAAGAUAGUAAGACAACUGCUGUCCAUUAAGGAGCAAUCCCAGUUGUUUGUGAAGGAGACCAGUGGCCGGCUGGCUGAAGAGGCAGGGUUCCAGGAUCUUUCAUCGGAUCUCCUGAGAAAUCUCAUGUCUGCGCCUUUACCAACAGCAUCUACAUAAACAGCCUGUCCUCUACUGGACCGUGACUGUAGGACUCGGGUCUGAAGCUUUAGUUUAACAUUUUAAAAUAUAUAAAUGCAGAAAGUUUUUUGUCUUGUUUAAUUAAAAAUAAUUUCACACUUCCAAGAAAAUUAUUUGUCAGGUGCAUGUAAUGCAUGCAUUCGGUCAGCAGGGGGCAGUGGCUAGCUAAAUACAACAUUGUGGGACUCCUGACAUAAUCUUGGUACAUUUGUUUAUUAAGCCGUAAUAAGAUUCUCACUUGUAAGUUUUUAAAGUGUUUAAACCACACACCAAGAGAAUAUGUGAAGUGUUUCUGAAACCCUGGCAGCAUCUAGCAGACUUAGUUCAACUCGUUUUUCUUUUUAGUGUACUCACUUUUCUCCUGACCCAGAAAAGUGAUUUAACCAUGUAUUUGAAUUGAGAAAGGUGAUACCAAAAGUCCAAACUUAUCUGGGAGACGUGGUAUUAAAAAAGCAAAAGUUCCUAAAGUCUAUUUGAUUAAAUUUGAGUUAGUUGCCCAUUUUUUUAUUUACUCACAAAAAUGAAAUAGGCAUUAAAGUAUAUGUGGUGUAAUUAAGAAAAAUAAACAUCCCACUUACUGUAAGUCAUUUUUUCUUGUUUAAAAGGGACUUGCUCAACUGAGAGAUCAGGAGAAAAACUGACUUUUAAUCUAUUCUGUUUACUUUGUAUACAGCUCUUAGAGGCUCAUCCACGGAUGCAUUUAGUCCAUUUUGGUGCUUCAUCUAUUUCACUUCAUCAGUGUCCCUUGACCAUACAAGAGAGGGCCCAUCCCCCAUAGUGACUCACCCCCAUCUCUUGCUUGGCUUGGUCAUUGAUGCAGAACGAAGCUUUGACAUUGUACCAGUCAGUCCCAGCUUUAUUUGCUAUUGCUUAAAUCUAUUCACUCAAUUAUCUUUAAAUGUUAUUUCUGCUUCAGAUAAUUACAGCAAUAAAAAAUGUUCAGGCAGUCUGUGAGUUAACAAGUUUCUCUGUUAUCCAAUUAUGGUAACUAAUGUGUUUGGCGGGUUUUAUUUGUGGUUUGUGCAGGGGAGUGACUAGCGCAAAAGGACAGGCUAAAAGAAGACGUGCAGGGUUGUGACCAUGAGAGUUGCACGUAAGGGAAGAUGGUGCACAGCAGGAGAGAUCGAUUCUUAUUUAGAUGAAAAUGAGGCUUGAUGCUUGUGGGGUGAGAGGAGGGCAACUUUAGCAUCCAAAUGAGUAGAGGCUUCACAGAAAUGGUUCUUAAAUGAAUCACCACCAAUAAAACACAAAAAGUUGACAAAGACUAGUUUAAAGGGAGAUUGCUCUUGGCAGUGCUAGGAAAUUAAGAGCUGGUCAUUUAAAAUUGCACAAUGAAGUUGCUUAAUAUAAAACCUAAGGAAUGGGAUAGACUCAGAGAGGAAAAUAUAUACAGCUUAAGUGUACAAAUACAUGUCAAGGCUGCAUGAAAUGGAAAAGGUUGAAAAAAUUAUAUGAUUGGAAGCCUGGACAAGCUAGUGUUAUAUGCACAGAGCAAUUACUUUUUACUUUAUUCGCAAUUCCUGAUGUCUCCAACUUUAGAUUGAUUAGUUACAGAUUGUAGUAGAUGGAUCGUUGGAGAGUCAGCAUAAACCACUGCCUGUUUGGUCAUACUCCCUCAUGCACACUCAUCAUGUCCUCUCUGUAUAGUUGGGCUGGCUGCUGCUCUCCUCCACUCAUUCAGUCAGCCAUUCGUCUUGGAAAGCUGUCUCUGUGAUCUGAGUGAUAAACAAUACCAGAAUUGCCCAGUUUGCAAAAAACCAAGGACACUUGUUUUCAAUCUGCUGUCAACGGUUUCAUACUGAAAAGUGAUGGGAUGUUUCAUUCAUCAGGGGUUUGGGACAGAAUGAUGCUCUAAACCUGGACCGUUUUGGAACUGAAUAUUACACUUGAAAGUGGCGCACACACACACACACGUGAGAGUGUGUGUGUGUAUAUAUAUAUAUAUAUAUAUAUAUAUAUAUAUAUAUAUAUAUAUAUAUAUAUAUAUAUAUACAUGCUUGUCAGUAACUGUGUGCACAACUUUUUCAUUGUUAGACAUGCAUACAAAUCCAUAAACCUUUCAAUUUAGUCCACUUUGUAUUAAAAAUUUAAAAACUUGGUCAAAAGCAAAGCCAGGAUGUUGCUGCACAAUUUUGUGUUUCCUGAAAUAUUUAGGUUUUUAUAAAUCAAUCAUGAGAAGCUGUAACGUGAUAUAAAUUUUGAAUAUGUAUGCCAGUUCUUUAUUAAAAUUCCUAACCCUC